AUGGACAGUGAUAGCGACCUGGAAGUACUUACACCUCCAGAAAUAAGGGAGACAGAGAAACAGACAAUAGACACACAGAGACUAACAGAGACAGACAAAGACAUACAGAUACAUACAGAUACAUACAGAUACAGACAGAGACAGACAGAUACAGACAGAGACAGACAGAGACAGACAGAGACAGACAGAGACAGACAGAGACAGACAGAGACAGACAGAGACAGACAGAGACAGACAGAGACAGACAGAGACAGACAGAGACAGACAGAGACAGACAGAGACAGACAGAGACAGACAGAGACAGACAGAGACAGACAGAGACAGACAGAGACAGACAGAGACAGACAGAGACAGACAGAGACAGACAGAGACAGACAGAGACAGACAGAGACAGACAGAGACAGACAGAGACAGACAGAGACAGACAGAGACAGACAGAGACAGACAGAGACAGCCAGAGACAGACAGAGACAGACAGAGACAGACAGCUACACACAGAGACAUACAGAGACACUAGACAGACAGAAACAUAAAGAGGUAGACAGAGAAAUAAAGAGGGAUACACAGAGAAAGUCAGAUGAAGAAGUACCCUUCGAAAUAGAGGAACCGGAACCGGUUUUGAAGAACAUAGAAUAUCAGGAUGAAAGCAACUCAACCAAUGUAGAAACAGCGGUAGAUGAAGAGAUCGUGGGGAAUGCAGACACAACUGUGAAUGCAGAAAUUGCAGAAAACGCCACAGAAACCACAAGCGAUGCAGAACCUUCACUUAGAGUUUCUUAUACUGGAAAUCAGCUAUGGAAAACUUUCGUCGGCAGUACAGAAGAGUUGAGAGUUAUAUCUAACUUAAAAAGAGAAAAAGAUAUUUCUACGUGGGGUGGAAACCAUUCUUGCGUCGAUAUUUUAGUAAAGCCAGAAUCCUUAGAAAAAGUGAGCAACGCUCUAUCCAAAGGCAACAUCAAAUACGAAAUAGUCAUCAAGGAUUUACAAAAAGCUAUUGACGAAGAAAAUCCACCUGUCAAUGAAGAAACAAACGACAGGAAAGGCUAUCGUUUAACAUGGAAAGCCUAUCAUGGAUGGACGGAUAUCCACAGUUACCUGGACUAUGUAGCCGAAACUUAUCCAGAUUUGUGCACCUUAAGAACUAUAGGACAAUCGGUAGAAGGGAAACCAAUCAAGGUACUGAAAAUCUCCAAUGGCAAACCGUCCAAUAAGGCCGUAUGGAUAGACGGAGGCAUCCACGCUCGCGAAUGGAUCAGUCCCGCCACAGCCACCUAUCUCAUCAACCAUCUGGUAUCAAACUUGGAAAACGAGCCCCCGUACAUGAGGGAGAUCGAUUGGUACUUCGCCCCUUUGCUCAACCCUGAUGGGUACGAGUACUCGCACAAGGUGGACAGGCUGUGGCGGAAGAAUAGGGGCGGUGGAGGAUUAGGAAAUUGUAGGGGAACGGACCUCAACAGGAACUUCGGGUAA